AUGGUUUUAGGUGGACUUCAUGGACUAGGAAUUCUUUUCUCAGACUAUAGGAAACUAAAAGAGGCAGAGGCAGUAUACCAGCAAGCAUUAACAGGCAAGGAGAAAGCCUUAGGUCUAAAUCAUAAUUCUACUCUUAAUAUAGUCAAUAACCUUGGUCUUCUCUAUGAAGCAAAGGGGAGGCUAAAAGACGCAGAAAAGCUGUACCAGCGAGCACUUAUUGGCUAUAAGAAGUCCGUUGGCCCAGAUCAUCCAUCAACUUUCGACACAGUCAAUAACCUUAGGAAUCUCUACUCGGACCAGGGAAAGCUAAAAGAGGCAGAAGCAAUGUACCAAAGAGCACUAUCAGACAAGGAGAAGGCCCUAGGUCUAAAUCACAUAUCGACACUCAACACCGUCAACAACCUUAGAAAUCUUCACUUAGACCAGGGGAAGUUAGGAAAGGCAGAAGAUAUAUAUCAGCAAGCACUGGCAGGCUAUCAAAAGUCCAUUGGCUCAGAUCAUAUAUCCAUUCUCGACACAUUCAACAAUCUUGGCAUCCUCAAAAAAUGUCAGGGGAAUGUAAAAGAAGCCGAAGAGAUAUACCAGCGAGCACUGCUAGGCAAGGAGAAAGCUUUGGGUCCAGAUCACAUAUCUACUCUUAACACAGUCAACAACCUUAGGAUUCUCUAUAAAGAUCAAGAUGGAGUUAAGUGCGACAAGGACGGCACAUUGGCAAAGAAGAUUGAUCCAGACGGUUGCGGUCAUACAAAUCCUUUUGUUCAUGUUGGCGUUGGUUAA